AUGAUGGGAUUACUGUCAACGAUACGUGGCAAGAGAGACACACCAGUGAUCGGUUCGACCGAAGUGGGUCCUAUACCGAAUAAGACCAAAAAAUUGGUUAUACAAGAAUGGCCACGAUUGCUCGAGCGGCAACCGAAUCUUUUCGCCGUAGUAUGGAACGCUUCUGCGGCACGCAGUACGUCUAUAAAAAAAUCGUUCGGCAUAGCCGAUAAUGAAAGUCCACAAAACAAUGAAUCGUUUAUGAAUCUAUCAACAACGAUCCAGGCGUUUUUCUACAAAAUCAUCGUCUCCAUGCAACUAGACGACGAUAUGGUUCGAAGCACAUGUGAACAGUUAGGCGCACGACAUGUCGAUUUUAUUGCACGUGGAUUCAACUCGAAUUUUUGGGACAUAUUUUUGGUAUGCAUGGCAGAGGCUAUAGAUGAAACGUUUUCUAGCUAUUUUACUGACAACGCUAAACGAGCAGAGAUGACGUUGGCGUGGCAAAGAGUGUUCAACGUGAUCGUGCAUCACAUGCGGACAGGAUAUAACGAGAGAAGAAAAGAAAAACUAAAAAAUAACGGGAAAAUGGAGUUGGAAUACUGA